UUAAAGAAGAAGAAGGUAACCCCCAAAUUGCGAAACUCCACAUCCGCUUAGAGACCGGAGCGACACGAAGCUAAACUCGACUGAGCCAAACCGACCUGUCACUAUUCUCUGUUUUGUACGAGAAUCCGUGCUUUGCCAAUUGUGUGCUGUUGUUUGUACUUCAGUAUGGCGGUCGUCAUCCGUUUACUGGGACUAAAAGUCACAGCAGGUUGUGAGGAUAUUCGCAAGUUCUUCACUGGCCUACAUAUUCCGGAUGGAGGGGUGCACAUAAUUGGUGGGGAGCGAGGCGAAGCUUUCAUUAUCUUUGCUUCCGAUGAAGAUGCAAGAAGAGCCAUGGCACGAUCAGGAGGUCAUAUUAAGGGUCUAUCUGUUACAUUGCUACUAAGUAGUAAAGUAGAGAUGCAGAACAUGCUUGAAAGAAGUACAGCAAAUGUAGAGCAAGAUCAAAAGCGACGACUUGAGGAGAAUGCAAGACGUGCCAGAAGAUCUGUGGACCCUGAGGGAGGCAGGAGAUCAGCUAGCAGAUCGGAUUAUACCCCUCCCCCCCAGCACCAGAGGGCUUCAAACACUGAUGAUGACUUUGUGCAUGUGUUUCUAAAAGGAAUGCCUUUCUCGGUGACUGAAGAGGAACUCCGUGACUUUUUCAGCGGUUUACUUAUUGAUGAAAUGUUCUUGAUGAAAAAUGCAAAUGGUACAAAAAAUGGGAAAGGUCUCGUCAAAUUUGCAACAAGAGAGGAUGCAAGCGAAGCCCUGAAGAGGGAUAGGGAAUACAUUGGGUCAAGGUACGUGGAGAUUACCACAACAACAGCGGACGAUUGGCGUCGGGUUACUGGUAAAGUGUCAAUGGCUGGCAACAUGGAUGACAACUUUGGAAGGGAGAGAUCACCUAUUCGCCAUCAGAGGAAUCAGCGUCACGUGAGGUCACAAUCACCUUUGGUUCAGAGGCCUGUUGCUCCUUCUGAUGAAGAGUACUGCGUUUUGAUGGAAAAUCUGUCCUAUACAGUGGACAAAGAAGACAUAAAAAGACUAUUCCGUAAUGCAAAGCUUGAGGAUGACCAGAUCCUGUACUUAAUUGGCAAUGAUGGGAGAAGAACUAGAUCUGCAUUUGUGCUGUUCAGGAGUCUGCGUGACUAUUGUGAGGCCUUAACUCCUGAUAAAAGGGAGUUUUUGAACCGAUUGAUUUAUACCCGGCCGAUCUCGAGAGAGAAAAUGAUCACCCUUCUGGAAUCUCAGAGCAUGGAUGACGGACCUCCUGGAAACUCUGAAAUGUCUCCAUCUUACCCCAAGGAUCCUUAUGACUCAGAGAAAAUGUGUCUGUUUGUGCGGAGCUUGCCAUUUGAUGUACGUAAAGUUGAGAUCAUGGACUUCUUCCUUGGGUUUGAUAUCACAGAGGACAAGGUGUUUGUGCUGCGUGACCAUGAAGGUGCUGGAGUUGGGAAGGCUUUGGUUCUCUUCCGGUCUGAGGCAGAGGCUAUGAGUGCACUCUCUCUCAAUGGACAAAGGUUUCUUGGGUCAGAAGUCAUACUGAAAUGCAUUUCACGUCUUCAGAUGCGGCAGUUGGGUGUUGAGCCACCACUGGUGCAAGAGCCAAUUGUGCAAGAGCCGCUGGCAGGAGAGGAGCGAUACUCAGGCAGGAGAAGCCAGGCAUCCUACUGCCCUGGUGACAAUGAGUACCCUGACUUUAGGAAUCCUCAUGAUGGUAAUAUGCCAAUGACUAAUUCACAGGCUCACACCUAUGAAGGCAGUGAUUAUGAGCCCUGUGCAGUAGGCCCUUACGCUCCACAAGACCAAGGCAAUGGCGGUCGUGGUGGCUUUGGUCCCUCAAGUCGGAAUUUUGACAGCCCCACCUGUGUUAAGUUACUUAACUUACCAUUCCAAAUCAGAUGUGAAGAAAUCUAUGACUUUUGCUAUGGAUUUCGCAUUAUCCCUGGAUCUGUCUCAGUGCAGUAUGACCAGAUUGGAAAAGCUAAAGGCACCGCGACUGCACUGUUUGAGUCCCGUCAGGAGGCGUUAACAGCAAUUGAGGAACUGAGUGGGAGACCAAUAGGUCCAAGAAAGAUACAGUUAUUACUUGUUUGAAAGUGACCUUGCUUUUCAUGGCACCUAACCUGCCCUAGCAGUUUAGUUUGGAAAUAUACACAAUGUUGCUGAAAAAAGUUCAUUCAAGGGAAACAAUGGCUUUUUUCGAUAAGUUCUUGAUUUUGACUUUGGAUUUUUUAUGGCAUGGCUUUAUAUGAUUGAGAAUACAGUAAAUAUAACUUCUUUUUUUUAAAAUUGUGAUUAGGUAAUAUAGCCUGUUGAAUAGCCUGACUAUAUAAUAUGGGUUUUGUAUGCUAUACCCAUCUUUAAGUGAAAUACUGGAUUUUUGGUUCUGAAUGAUUUUGUUAAAUUUAACUUGCAACACAGUGUGGAAAAAAAUAUGUAAAUUGCUUUGAUUUAUCUAUUAUGUGGUUGGUGUCAAAAGUGUUAUUUUUUAUUAAAAAAUGCAUACCUUUUGAA